UUAGGACGUUGGCCAUGGAUUCACACUCUAACCUGUCCGACGUGGUCUCUUCCUGGGACAAGGACCGCAAAUUCAUCCUGCGGGGCUGGUCUCUUGUCUUCAGUGUCCUUGCAACCCUGAUGGUGCUCAGUGUGGCGGAUGGACGUCUGGUCUACUUGCAGGGCUCUUUUACAGGCUACCUGGGCAUCUGGACAGACUGCAGGAGGUACAAGUGUGCCAACCUGGGCCAAGUCACCGUUCUCAUCCAUAUGAGCAUGGGCUUCAUGAUGCUGGCCCUGACCCUGUGCCUCAUCCUCCUCCCCACCAUGGGCCUCUCCUUCCGGCCAGUGUUCCGACGCCUUACUAAGGUCGACCUUGUCUUCAGUUUUCUCAGCUUCAGCAUUGUCAGCUGCGAGACGUUGCACCCGAGGCCACAGAUAUCCUACCUGGUAACCACUUACCUGUGCUGGACUGCAGGCGCCUUGAUGCUGUGGGCCGGAACUCUGAGCUACUUAAACCAUGUGGGCAUGUGGAGCAAAAGGACGUCCUCUAAGGAGCCGCAGGUGAGUUAUCGUCGGUGGGCUUUGAAGAACACCCUGAGAAGCGUGUCCCAACAGCAGCCUGACUCGGACCACAAGCACACCGUGGACCUGCCCGAGGCACUCACCCCCUCAAGCCUCCCGAAUCAGUCGCACGGAGCUUCUCAGGAUACUGACCGAUGACCACGGUCAGAUACCGGGCCCAUCCCCUUAAUCGUGGCCACGUGCCCGAAGAAUGUGCCCCCAUUCCUUGAGCUACCCUUUCCAGCUCUUUUCCCGCCCACUGAAUCUCUGCUCCUACCCCUACAAUGCGACACGGCCCCCUUCGAUUCCUAAAUUGUCUUCUGCGCAACUUCCAGGUGUGCCCCCCACCCCCAACCUAGCUAGGGCCGGCCCCUGGGUGACAAGCCCCCUCAGGCCACGCCCCGAAGCUGCACUACAACGUGGGAACUCCUCCCCUUCCAGGGCGAGUCACAUUCCCAGUGGGAACACUACACUGCCCCCCAUUUGAUGUAGCUGCACCCUUCUGGGGAACCAGCUUCUCCCCCAGAACGGCAUGGCUUGUGAUAACACUUCCUACACCGCCCCCCCCCCCCCUUACUGACUUUUCCGACACGAUAAAACGGAAGCCUCAUAACCUUUAAGUCCGACCCUCUAUUGCGUUCUCUCCCCCAGGGCAGGGUCCAGGGUUCAACGUGUGUGAACCUGUAUCGAGUCCCUUGCCCUUGCUUGCCCUUUGGGGUCUGAGCCUCUCUCUGCGGGUUUGUCUACACCUGUCUUGGCUCAUUCGUGCACACCUCCUGCCGAGAGCCUGGGAGG